UCUCCGCCACAUUUUCCGGGGGAGUGUUGCAGCCGCUGACGACAUCAACGCACUUUUCACGCACGUCGGGCAGCUGCUUUUACCUUGGUUUGUUCUUUUUUGCUUCGCGAUUUGCUAACCCGCUUCAAUUAGUUAGCAACAUACUAACCCAAUGGCAAAAUGCUGUCCUACGACCUCAACGAACGCCUGCUGACAGCGGUGCAGAGUGGGGACUUCGAGCAGGCGCUGGGAUGCAUCAUGCAAGGUGCCCAGGCCUCGUAUGUAUCGCCCACAUGCGGCCGCACAGCGGUGGGCACGGCGGCCAUCCUGGGCGACGCCGAGCUGCUGGAGCUCUUGGUGCAGUCCUGCGAGGAGCCCGAGCUGGACGUCUUUCAUCAGUCUCACACGGAUAGCCUGGAGAUCGAGCGGACCCCCGAAGGCAUGGAGAAACUGGAGUGGGUGGAUGAGUUCGAAAGUUGCUCCGAAAAUGGAGGAGGAAGCGGCGGAGAAGAGAGCCAAUUGUAUCAGUAUUACGCGAAAACCUUCGAGAAUACCGGAGAGUUCAUAUCCCAGUGCUGUGUCUCCUGCCGGGAGCAGGAUCCCCACCUUUACGAUGCGGACCUGGCCACCCCCUUGCACUACGCCGCCUGCUGGGGGCACGAGGAGUGUGUGCGAAUCCUGCUGGAACACAGUGCUCCCAUCAACGUGGUCAACAGCGAGGGCUAUGCGCCGCUUCAUGUGGGAGCCGGUUUCGCCGGGGUCACCAAGCUACUGAUCAAGCACGGAGCAUUGGUGAACGCCAAGACCUUGAGUGACGGCAAGACAGCUCUUCAUGUGGCCAUCGAGAGCAAGUCCCCGGAAUCCGCCCGCCUGUUGCUCCAAACGAAUAUCAAUAUCAAUGACACGGACGAUGAGGGCGAGACCCCAUUGAUGACGGCCAUUGCCUGCAGUCUGGUGGAUUUGGCUCAGGAACUGGUGGAACGAGGAGCGCGUAUCAACCUCCAGGACAAGGAGAACCACACGGCUUUGCAGUAUGCGGUGAGGGGUCGCCAUGUCCAGAUGGUCAAGCUGCUGCUGGAGCGCGGAGCCCGCCGAUUGGCUUCCCAACAUCUUCUGCACCUCGCCGUGGAGUACAACGAUCUGGAGAUUGUGCAACUCCUGCUGCAGUAUGGGGAGAGUUUGUCGGUGCGGGACAGCGAUAACUUCACUCCCAUCAUGCUGGCCAUCCAUCUGCAGCGCCCCGAAAUGCUCGAGUACCUUCUAAGCGCAGCCGAGGAGCAACGAAAGCUGGGUCUCUACUCGGAUGUCCAGGACGAGGGCCUGGUUUUAUUCGCCGUGCAGCAGAUCGAUAGUUUUAAGGAGUUCAGCCGCAUCCUGCGUGUAUUGCUCGCUAAACUAGCAAGCGCUCGCAAGGAUCUGUAUGGCUCUUGUGCUCCAACCAUUGUUUGCGGUUUGAUCUACUGCCAAACUCCAUUGUCGAGGGCCAUUAACCUGCAUCGCCUGGAACUAGCCGAGCUCCUAAUCCACGAGGGCUGCAAUCUGGCGCAGAUUUGCCGGGAACAUGUGGUCAAUGAGCUGAGAUCCAACUGCUCACCUAGCAGUCUGGCCUUUGCGAGAUUACUAUGCAACUCUGGCUUCCAGUUCCCGCACAAGCACCGAGCUCUGCCCAAGGAUUGGCCACCAGCCCGCCAGGAAUUCGAGCAGGAAAUGUCUUUGUACGGCAGCCAACCACGCUCCCAGCAAUCCCUCGCUCGCCUGGAGAUUCGCGAGACUAUGCUGAAAACCCUCCGAACGCGGCCAGAGUUGCAGCAAAAGUAUCUUCCUACCCAGGAGCGGUCAUCGCUGGGUAGGAUCGUAGAUGAGUUCGAUAUACCCGCCACACUGAAGCUCUACCUCAGCGACUUUGCCGAGCUUCCCCUCGUAAGGAGCAGAGAAGCGGCCCAGUUACCUGUUACCAGAUGCACAGAGUCUUGGGAUUGAUUGCGCUUUAGGAAUUUAUUCAGAUUAUAUAUGUUUUAUAUUUAUGGUUAUA